UAUGUUAUAUGCUACCUGGCGGGAGUCAAAGUAACUUUGCCAUUACCUCGGGCCUCACUACAAUCUCGAAUAUUACAUAAUAUUAUAUUUAAAUCAUAUUAUAGCACUUCUGACCCUGGACGUUUAUUGUUACCCGUCCAGUAAUUGUCAUUAUAGAGUAAAAGUGUUAUUUUGUAAGCUGCAGUUAGUUAAUUAAAACCGAAGAGUAACAUGGCUGCUACUGUUGGCAAAAUUCUCGUGUACGGAGGAAAAGGAGCAUUAGGAUCGACGUGUAUUACUUCAUUCCUUUCUCAAAAAUUUUGGGUUGGAUCUAUUGACUUACAACAAAAUGAUUUUGCCAACGCAAACAUACUAGUUGAUCGUGAUGCUUCAUUAAUCGAACAAGAGGUUUCAAUUUUGAAAAGUCUUGAUUCAGUUUUGGGAUCAGAAAAAUUGGAUGCCGUAAUAUGUGUAGCCGGCGGUUGGGCCGGUGGCAACUCCAGUUCGGCUGAUUUUGUAAAGAACACUGAUCUUAUGUUAAAACAAAGUGUUUGGAGUUCAGUAUUAGCGUCUUCUAUUGCAUCCAAGUACUUAAAACCUGGUGGUAUAUUAGUGUUGACCGGAGCCAAAGCUGCACUAGCUACAACACCGGGAAUGAUUGGGUACGGUUUGGCUAAAGCUUCAAUUCAUCAGUUAACGAAGUCAUUAGCCGAUAGCAAUGGUGGGUUACCUGCUGGAGCACAAGCUUAUUCUAUUCUACCAGUUACUCUAGAUACACCAAUGAAUCGAAAGUGGAUGCCCAAAGCCGAUACAUCUACAUGGACGCCAUUAGAAUUUGUAGCUGAGUUGUUUACAAAAUGGAUCAAAAAUGAAGAAAGACCUCCAAACGGAUCACUUGUUCAACUCAAUACAAAAGAAAAUAAAACCACUUUAGAAAUUGCAUAAAUCAUUAUAUAUUUUGUUCAUAUAAAUUUAUAAAAUAAAAAUCAAAUACCUAACAGUA